GUACUACUACUAAUAGUUCUAGUAAAACUAUUACCACUACUACUAGUACUACUACUAUUAGUACUACUAUUGUUUGUACUGCUACUGCCAGUAAUACUAAUACUAGUACUAGUAUUAUAAGUACUAUUAAUACUAGUACUACUACUAAGAUUAAUAUUACUUCUAUUACUACUACAACUAGUACUACAACUACGAGUAUUACUACUAACAUUAAUACUAAUACUAGUACUACUAUUACUUGUAAUAAUACUACUAAUACUACCACUCCUUGUACGACUACUACUAGUACUACUAAUACCAGUAAUACUAAUAGUAGUACUACUAAUUCUAGUACUACUAAUACUAGUACUACUAUAACUAGUACUACUACUACUAGAUCUACUACUACUUCUGCUACCCCUACUUGUACGACAACUACUAGUAUUAGUACUACUAGUAAUACUACUACUAGUAAAAUUACUAAAGGUACUACGACUACUAGUACUACUACAAAUAGUACUAUAACUAUUAGUAGUACUACUACUUUUAUUAAUACUACGAGUACUAUUACUACUAGUACUACAGCUACUAUUUCUACCACUCCUUGUACGACAACUACUAUUAAUAAUAAUACCAGUAAUAAAACUACUAGUAUUAAUACGACCAAUAAUAAUGCUACUAGUACUACUACUACUAGUACUACCACCACUUAUAUGAAAACUACUGGUAAUACUACUUCUACAUGUACUACGACUACUAGUAAUAAUAUUAAUAGAGCUACUGCUACUAUUAAUAAUACUCCUCGUUCUACAACUAUUUGUACUAAUACUACUGGUGCUACUAGUAUCAGUACUUCUACGACUAGUAGUAUUUCUUCUAAUAUUACUACUAACAGUAAUAAUACUCCUCGUUCUACUACUACUAAUAUUAUUACUACUAGUACUACCACUACUAGUACUACCACCAUUUGUACGAAAACUGCUAGCAAUACUACUACCAGUAAUACUAAUACAACUACUACUACUAGAAGUAGGACUACUACUAGUACUAUUACUAAUAGUACUACUAAUACUGGUACUAUUACUACUACUACUACCACUACUUGUACGACAACUUGUAGUAUUAAUUCCACCAGUAAUACUACUACUAGUAAUACUACUACAAGUACUACGACUACUAGUACUAAUACUAAUGGUGCUACUCCUAAUAUUAAUAAUACUCCUCGUUCUAAUACUACUUGUACUACUACUCUUAGUACUAUUACUAUUAGUAUUGGUAUUACUACUACUACUACUACUACUAGUACUACUACUACCAGCAACAAUACUCCUCGUUCUACUACUACUAAUACUACUACUACUAGUACUAGUGCUGCUAGUACUACCACCAAUUAUACGAAAACUAAUG